AAACUAACUGUUGGCAACAAGUGCUUGUCAUGAGAGGACCGAAACUAGUCAUUUUUGCACUGUGUCUAGCCAUUGCUUGGGCCCAACAGGGGAAGGGUCCAUCACAACAUGGUCCACCAUCUCCACCGCACUCACCACCUCCACCACGUCCACCCUCACCACCUCCACCGCCUCCACCACCUCCUCCACCUCCGAAAACUUGCUCGGAUAUAAGAUGCGCACCUGGAUUGCAUUGUGAGAUGGUUGAACAACCUGGUCCCGGUCGAACUCCAAAAUGCGUGGAAAAUCGUCCACCGCCGCCUCCACCACCUCCACCACCUACUCCUCCAAUGCAUAAUCCUCCUCCACCUGCCCCUACACCAAGACCACAAGCUACAUGUGCCAAUGUGAAGUGCCCAGGUGGAACUCGUUGUGUAAUGGUGACGGAGCAGUGUUUACGCCCACCGUGCCCAGCUCCAGCCCCUCAGUGUAUAAGCAAUGACCCUCCACCGCUCCCGACCACUCGACCGCCACCACCACCACCGCCGCCACCGCCACCGCGCUGCCCGGUGAACGAAUCUUGGACGAAUUGUUCAUCUAUGUGUGAACCCACCUGCGAGAAUAGGACACCGAAAUGCACGAAGAACUGUGGGCCCCCGAAAUGUCAGUGCGAUGCUAACUUUUACCGAAAUAAGGCAAGAAGAUGCGUCCGAGCUUCGGAAUGUCCACGGUGGUGA